AUGCCAAUAAGGCUCCAUAAUCGCUCUUGGCUAGAGCUGAAAAUUAAAGAUAUUUGCAAAUCCACUAAAACUGAAAAUAAUCUUGAUAUGAUGUUGGGUGACCAACCGAUUGAUGCGAUAAAAGUUGGCGAGGAAACAACUGCUUUAAAAUCCAUGCCACUUGUAGCAAAAAGUGACCUGGAAGAUGGUACAGUAAUCAAAGGAACAGAUUUAAAUGAAGACGAUGACAGCGAACAGUUUUUGAGAGUAGGCCGUUUUACAACAUCGGCACCUUCAAAUGAUAUCGAAGGUUCGGGUGAAGGUGAGAGUACUACAAUCAGUGAUAUAAUUGAACCAAUUCAUAACCAUAAAUUUCUUACUAAUUUACUUGCUACGGAGGAAGUAAUUCCUGCUGAUAAAUUACACACUACUGAUGAUCCAAUAGAAGGAUCUGGUGAAGGCUCGGGAUUUUACAUUCCAGAGUAUGAGGACAACACCGAAAAGCUUCCAGAAACCACAACUCCAUUAUAUGAAGACCUGAACCCAGGCCCAGUACAUAAGAUAUUCGAAGACGAUUCAAAUAUAGUCACUACAGAAUUUCCAAUGCCUGCACCUCCGACUAUUUUUGAAGGUGGUUCCGAUUGGCAUAGUAAAAAUAACCCUGAAGUUGUCACGGAAACUAUUGCAGCUGCAACACCGCAAAUUACACGAGACACUACUGUUUCAGAACAAAUUCGUGUCACACAAGCUUCAGAGGUCUUAGGGCAAAUACCUGCAAAUAACGAAAAUUUUGCCCCACAUAAAACGGGAACUUACAUUUGUAUAGCUCUCAUUGUAGUGCUACUUGUCGGUUUGAUUGGGUUUGCAAUAAUGAAAGGACAAAUAAGAAAACGUAGAGAUAGGCGACUUCUGAGACAGCAAAAGAGAGAUGUAGAAAAAGCUUCCAAGGAAAUGGUCGAUAUGAACAAAUCGUUAUUAGGUAAACCAGCACCUAUUAGUAACCCCGUUGACAAAAAACUAAACGGAAAGUACGAACUAGUGCCUACUCAUGAGAGUGUUCAAAAGAAAAGUGAUAACGGUGAAAUUGGAAAUGGCCUAAGGCACCGCGAAAAAAAUGGUAUUGAUAGUCCUACAGACUCGAAUCAGAAUAAGCGAAGCUCUAUCGAUAAUAACUUAGCCGAGGAUAACCAGGUAUCGCAACAGGAAACUUCAUUCGAGUCUGACCCCGCUUCACCAGAAUCUAGGAAAGAUACGCACUCACUAUCCAGCGAAGAUUUAUUCGUUCCUUUGAACGACGAUGACAACACGAGAUUAAAUGGCAAUGCCGAUUCGGAUGUGUCUCAGCCUUUGAUAAAUGGAGAUGCUAUUACCGAUGCUGAUUUCUUGUCACCCUCGCGAGAGUAUGUUCCCGUGUAUUCACCAGAUAUGGGAAGGGUACGGAUCAAAAUGACAGAGACUCCGAAACCGAAGACGCCGGUACUAGUCACCAGAAGUAGAUCGAACGCUGGAGACAUCAUUAUAACACCCUCAGAGGAAAACACACGUAAAUCGACCACU